AGUAAUUUGCCGAUUCGGGUUGCACCAAUAGACGUUCAGUCAUGACAUUAUUAUCAUAGCAGUCUUAAGUCUUGACUAAUGAAGGGCAAUUCAGUAAACACACCGAACACCUUCUUCUUCACUUAAACCUCCGUAAAACCCACUGUCUUUGUCUCAAAGGAGUAAGCAAAAAUGGCAAUUUCUCAUCUCCUUCAGCUCAAAUCAGCCUCACGUAUCAACAGAAUAGGAAUUUUAAGAUCUAGAAUACUUUACUCUUCAUUGCCCUCUGAUGGCAACAGCGAGAAGAAUCCACAACCGAAGAAAUCAGACCUGGCAAAGCAGCAAAAAGCCCAAGCCGUGGAGUCAUUUGUCAAGAAGUAUAUGAAGGAAAACCAAGGUAUGUUUCCGAAACCAAUCCACGUGCAGAACGAAGUGGGUGGUUCGUGGCAUAAUUUGAAGGGAAUGCUUGAGAUCGUCAAGGAUAAAAUGAUGGGAAAUUUUGAUAAAAGGAAUAGCUCUGGUGCUUUUACCUCCACUUCUGAUCCUGAAGUUUCCAGUGAUAUUCUGUCUCAUAAAGUUGAUAAUAGCGGUGAUGAACCUCAAGUUCAUGAGCGAGCAGUUCAAGAAGGUACUAAAACCGUUUCUAAUAAUGAUGAACAUGCUAACCCGACAAUGCCUAGUCUGGAUGGGCAAUCUUCCUCACAGAUAUUUCAAAGUUUAGUGAAAAAAUUUCAGAAUUCUAAAAUAGCAAGGAAGGAAAGUAAUCAGACAACGACAAGUGAGGAAACAUUAUCAGACAUUGUUUCGAUGCCAAGUGAAGGAACAAUAGAAUUGCAGGACCUUGUUGUGAAUAAAUCAGGUUACAGUGGAUACCAGAACUUUUCGCCUGAAGAUAACCCUUUCAGCCUAAGUACAUAUACAGAGACCGAAAGGGAUAAACAGUUUUUGCUGUCUGAUAAUGCUCAUGAGACGAAACAGUUAAAGCAUCACCUUGUCGACAGCAUAAAGGAUCAAACAGCAGAAAGGAUUGCCAAUUCGAUUAGUGAUGCAUAUAUACCUAGUUUUCAUCAGCAAUCAAGUGAACCUUCCGGGGAUACUGAUGUUCUAAGUUCUGAUAUAGAGGGCUUAAUUGAAUGUGUUAAGUCACUUCCUCAGCCGCCUAUUGGUAGACCUCAGGAAACUAUAAAUUUUAACAAGAGUGAUCAUAGUAGUAGUAGAACGACAAGUACAGGCAUCAAACAACCAGGUAACAUGCAAGAAUUUGAGAAGAAAGAAAUAUCCAUAUCUUCCAUGCUUGAUCUAGAAGGUCCAUCACUGGUCAAUAUACCAAAAUCUGAGAAGAAAGCAGGAAGCACAGCUUCUCUCAAUUACCCCUCCAUGGUUGAAAAGAAUGGCAUAGAAAGUCCAUUCACGGAACUUCUUGGAAAUCUGAAUAUCGAGGAUCAGGAAACAAGUUGUUCUGCUGCCCUUCACUGCAACAAAUCAAAUGUACAAACACAAGUUCUACCUCUGAGAGACAAUUGUAAUCUGAUUAAGACACUGAAUGCAACUUCUUUUCUGAAGGAGUCUGAUCAAAACAAAGUGAUAGUGAGGUUUUUGCCGAGAAUGGUUGUAUCUGAAGACAUCAUUGGUGCCUUCAAGGAUUAUGGGGAUAUUUCAAAGGUUAAAAUUCGCAGUACUGAAGGUUCUUUCUUUAAGGCUGCCUACGUUUAUUUCAAGUCAGAUGAAGGAAAGAAAAAAGCACUUGAAGGAACUGAUGUGAAUGUGAGAAAUCAAACAGUAACUGUGGAGGAAGCUUUUUCCUUGAAGGAUGUGACAAAGACAUACAUUCCUAAUUUAAUCGGCCUCCCAGAUGUUCCCGCUGCCCUAGUAAAGAAUCCUAAGCGGACAGUUCUGAUUAAGAAUUUGGCUCGUGAUAUAAGGUCUCAUCAUAUUGAAAACGCUCUUUAUUUCUGUAAAAGCAAGAUAUCUCGAUUUUUCUUGGGUUCAUCGAGUUCUGUUGCUUAUGUGGAAUUUGAGACAGAAGAGGGUAAAGAAAAUGCUCUUACAAGACACUCGAUCAAUGUACUGGGAAGGAGAUUACUAAUCUUUAGAGUGGAUGUACCGAGAACUACAGUUGUAAGAAUUUCAAACGUGCUCUGCAUACCAAUUAAAAAACUGAUCCUCCUUUGCAAAUCCUUUGGAAAACUCAGGCGCGUUUUGCAUAGAAAUGGAAACAUAAUGGAUGUGCACUUCAGGCUUGCUGAAUGGCCCAACAUGGCAACAAUUUUAAACAGACUGAACGGGUCUCAAAUAGAUGGUCAGCGGAUAGUAGCUCAACCGGCACCUGUGUAUCCCCCAGAUGUUCUUCUCGCUCUAUGGAGCCAGCCAGAAGGGAGACAACAUUUAAGAAGCUCAGUUCACAAUCUGCUUAUAAAGCUCAGGGAAAACGAUCCAAGUGAAGCUGGAACUAAAGUACUCGUAAACAGUCUUUUAGAAGACACAGUAGAAAUCUAAA